AUGGAGAACCGAAUCUCGCUUGGCGCGAUUCAAAAAACAAUCUGGGACGGACGCAUACCUUUAGAAAUCAUUCUGGACCCAUCCGAAAGUCGAACCUUUGACAAAACAGAUCCAUAUCUUAUCGCGUGUCCACGCAUCUCAUAUCUCCCCUCGUUGCUCCCAAGGCUUCGAACCUUCUUCUCCAAUUCAUUAAUAGAACCAAACUCUGAGCCUCACGAAGGCUGGUUCGAGUUUGAGGGUGUACCUCUAAAAUGGCACUACCCCAUUGGUCUCCUGUUCGACCUCUAUGCCGGAGCAGCCCCUGCUUCGAAGACAGUUACUAGAGGUGACGAGUCUCCCGAGAGUAGCUCACCGCUGUCAUGGCGUUUGGUGCUUCACUUUAGCAACUGGCCUGAUGAGAAUCUCGUUCGGCUUGAUGCCAAUGGAAUGGUCAUGAACGAUGCCUUCAUCAACAGCGUGAAGGAGGCGGAUUUCCUUCGCAAUGGUACAGCCAAAGCCAUCAUGAGUCUCUCGAAAGAAGACUCAUCGAAUCUUUGGAGAGCUGUCGAAGAAGGUGAGUGGUAUCUUGUGUGGAUAUAUAUCUACUCAAUGUUAUUCUUUUGGUAUUGCUUUAACACUAUAGCACAAGUGGAUCUCCCAUCAUUCCAGCGCAUAUCAAACAUUCUUCUGCCUCAGCAUUCACAACCCUUCCGCAACGUCCCGAUUCGGAUCUUCUUGCCACUUCCACCAGAUAACAAUUCUCCCUCCCUCAAGGUUGUACAAUCACCACUUCCACCUUCAAUCCCAGCAUCGAGCAUGCAGGCAAGCCAAAUCCUGAGCUCCCGUACCGGCCCUACCACUCAACCUCAAACGGUCGGCACCAUUCUGCACACACUUCUUCCAAACUUAUUCCCGAGCAGGAGAACUCCGGUACUUGCAAAGCCUGUGUUACAUGGGGCCGUGAUACCUAUGUCCGCCCCGAUUGAAGAAGUUGUGAGAAGCUCUGCGUACGGAGACGGAUGGGCUUAUCUGGUAGUUCGGAUGAUGGGUUGA